CGUCUCUCUCUCCUGUCGCGCAUGCUCAGUGCGGCGGGCCCGGCGCUAGGAGGCGGCAGGAUGAUCAUGGCGUUGAGUAAAACGUUCGGCCAAAAGCCGGUGAAAUUCCAGCUGGAGGAGGAUGGGGAGUUCUACAUGAUCGGCUCCGAGGUAUGAGCCCCCCAGCCGGCCUCUUGCUGGCGUUUAAUAAGCCAGGGCUGCUAUAAUGGAAGGACAGGCCUUGGACAAAGGACUGGGGGGGGGAGGGGGAGUCACCAUAACAAGACUUCUAUAACCAUUCAUAUCAUGUGUUAGGAGCAGAGUCAGGAGGGCAGUGUGCCUGCUUACUGAGGGGGAUUAGUGGCAUGGGACAAGGAAUUAAUACACAGUAUACAUUCACUCACACCUGCUUUAUUGUUUAGCGCAGACCUUCCUAAAAACGUGUAUGUACAUUGAACAUGUGCCAUUGCACAAUUUACACGUGUGUGUGUGUGUGUGUGUGUAUACAUUGACAAUGUGCCAUCACACAUGGCAAACCUGUGGCAUUGGGACCUCAGAUGGAUGGCUGGGAGUAGUGAGUGAGGGUAUUUGUCCGCAACAGCUAGUGUUGUACCACUGGACACCGAUCAGGGAAUUAAAGAAUGAGACAAUAGUAAUAUAUAUACAUCCCCUUUAAGGGAUUGUAUUGUGAUUUAGUUAGUGUCUGUAAAUGGAUUUGUUGUCUCAGUUUAUGGCCAAUACACCAAAGAAACAUGUGUACACAUGUACAUGAAAACAAUGUGUUAAUAUUCAUAGCAACUGCCUGUCCCAUAUAAUUUUGACAGUUAUGAAUUAGAUGUUCAAAGUUACAAGGUUAGGGCUAUCUGGGUGUAGAAAUAUGUCAGUGCGCCAAGUUAGUGAAUCUAUUCUGACUCCUGUGAACAGCUUUUUGUUGAAUUUUAAAUCUGUAGCUUAAUUAAACACAAUCUAUAUCCCUUUAAGUAUACUAAAAUGAAAUACAAUAUUUCACCAGAAGAAAUUGAAUAAGAUAAAAUGUUUUAUUACAAUACAUACUUGCCAGUGUCAUGACAGGUAAUGGUUUCCUUAUCGACUCAUUAAUCCUCUAUCCUUUUAUUUUCAGAGUUUAUUAAAGCGACACUCUUGUCUCCAUAAUCACUACCGCUCUCUGUAGUGGUUGGUGGUACCAUAAAUAGAGUUUUAGUUGAAGGCUUUCUGUACUGACUUUACAGCCUUGUUGGAAAUGGUUUUGAAGUUUCCGGGCGGAUGGGGCAUGGCACUUUAAGCAUCCUAACCGCUACUGUGCACUGUAGCAGUUGUGGUGCUUAAAGUGUUCCUAUCGUUCCACAAUAGUUUCAUGUACUGCUGUUUUAAGGCACUAAGAUUUUAUCCCCCCCUGCAAUGAAAGCAUUGUGCAGGGAAAUAGGUUUAUUUAUGCUGAUUGCAAAAGAUGCAUUGUUUGCAUCACGCUCCAUAUUCACUGCACAACAAAAUGGAAGCAAGUGUCAACUGAGGAUUUUGCACAUCCCUGUAUGAAAAAGAUGUAUGGUGAUGGGGAAAUAAAACCGUUUAAAUAGAGGGAGAGUGAUUACCCACAGAGCUUUGUUUUCAUUAGUCCAUAAAGGUCAGGGAUAUUGCAAUCCAUUUUGUAUUUUUUACAAUUAAAAGGACUGUGGGAGAUAUCCAUGUAAUUGACACACUUAUUCUCAUUUUCAGGUGGGUAACUUUCUGCGCAUGUUCAGAGGUUCACUAUACAAGCGGUACCCCUCUCUUUGGAGACGAUUGGCAACAGUUGAAGAACGAAAGAAAAUUGUUGCAUCCUCUCAUGGAAAGAAAUGUAAAUACAGUUAUUUACGUUAAUGAUAUUUUACUUAUAUUGGAUUAUUCUUCAAAGCAUAUAGGUCACCUGGAAAAACAACAAAUGUUAAAGGGGCAUUCCAAGCACAAUAACCACUACAAAGCAUUAUAGAAGUUAUAGUGCCAGGGGUUCCCUGGCAUAAUAUCUCAGUACAUAACCAAGACUUUCUAUUAAGUUUGACACCAACUUUGAUCCCAUGGGCACCAGCAGUCCAGCCACCUCUCCUUAUAUCAUUUAAGCUAUUUUCAAAUUAGUAGCAUCAACUUUGCCUUUUUUUUUUUUUUUUCAGAAUUCAUUGGCUGAGAGUAUCAGCUGACUCUGACCCAAUGAAUUCCAUCCAAAUUCAACUAAUGCAAAAAUGGAGCUGAACUACUGCUGCAUCAGGGUAUCUAGGUAAGUGUCAAACCUUUCUUGAUGUAGUCAUUAUGGUGUUUAGACUAUUCCUUUUAAUCAUGUUUAAUGCUGUUCAUCUGUAAAUGGUUAGGUUUUUUUUUUUUUGUAUAUCUGUUACCCGACUCUUUUGUUGGAAGAGUUCCCACCACACACCUGCAUUUUUCUGUGUGUCUGACUUCUACAUUCUUUUCAAAUCUUUAACAUCUUUUACUUGUAAUAGAAGGUGGUUUCAAAUGUGUGUAAAAGCACUUGUUGUGGUGUAAUGUUAAGCCAGCUGCUCCCCCCAUAUAUUAAUAUUAUUGUAGUCCUGUUCUAUUCUAAACUUUGAAAUGAAUGUAUAUAUUCAGCUGAGCAAUGUGUAUUUUAGCUGCAUAUAUUAAAAGGAAAUUCUAAGCACCAUAAUCACCACUGCUUAUUUAUUUUAUUUAUUGCUUUAGCCAUUCUUAAAUAGUGCUCUCGUACAGAGCCCCAUAUAAUUUAUGCAAAAAUAACAUUAAUAAUCAUAAAAACAAGGGAUAAAUGUUUAAGCAUAUGGACACAAAAGGAGAAGAGAGCCCUGCCUCUAAGGGAAAUUUUAAACAUUGAGAUAAAAGGUUGUGGGGAGAGAGUACAAUUGUGAUGUCACGGAAAUGUAUGUAAUCUAUUGUUUAUGGUGCAAAGAGUUUUUGUGAUUAAUUUAUUGGAAAUAAGUAAAACUAAAAAGCAGCAGUUUAAAGGGAGGAAACUGACACGGUUUACCUGGCACUCUGCUCCCACAAUCUAAUUACAUAGUGGGAGUUACACUUCUGUAACACUAACCUCCGGUCCACCUGCACUCCUACCGCAGCUUUUGUUUAUUUGCCCUGCUUGGGCACACUUCCUUAAUGCAGACACGCUGGCUUUGUUGCUGGUGUGCCAGCGUUUGAAUGGAGUCACUACAUUCCUAUCUGCACUAUCAGCGCCACUAUGUGGUGUGGUGACCAUACCGCAGCACAUGCACAGUUGAUACUAUGGAUAGAGAGCAGAGGGACGUGCUGUGGGAGGUCACCUCUUUUCUCCCUGGCUUUCAAUUUAUCAUCAUUGAAAAUCAGACGGGAGUAAACCUUAUUUAGCACAGUGUAUAGUUGUAUAUGGAAUUUUAUGCUCUUUUAAAAGAACUAAAGUUAUCACUACUUAUCACAGCAGAAGAAAGUCUUGCAGCAUCACUAAAUUUGCACUAAAUGCUAAAACCUAUAUAUAUAUAUAUAUAUAUAUAUAUAUAUAUAUAAUUUUACAUUGCUAAAAAGUAUAUACAAUUUAAACUAAGGCCAUUACAGUCAGUGUAUAACAUAAGAAGAGUUGUUUUUGGUCUUUGUAAGUAAUUUGAAAAUAGUCUUUCUUGACAGUACAUGAGAUACUUCAAUUGUUAAUGCAUGUAAGUCACUUAAUGGGAUACUGUCUGCCCAGAUACAAAAUACAUAAAAAUCACUGUUUAGUAUAUAAACCCCAAAUGAAAUUUACUUGCAUUUAAUUAUGUAUUUUUACAUUGGGGGUAUAUCUUCAUGGAUUGCAGGAUAAAACUUACAAGGAAAGGUUAAAGGAACUUAAAAUGUAUAGCUUGGAGGAAAGACAAGACAGGUAGUAUGUAUUACUUUACUGAGAGGGUAGUGGAUGCUUGGAAUAGCCUUCCAGCUGAAAUGGUAGAGGUUAACACAGUUAAGAAGUUUAAGCAUUAUUAUUAUUCUUAUUUAUAUAGCGUCAUCAAAUUCCGCAGCGCUUUACAAUGGGUGGACGAACAGACAUGUAGUUGUAACCAGACAAGUUGGACACACAGGAACAGAGGGCUUGAGGGCCCUGCUCAAUGAGCUUACAUGCUAAGGGAGUGGGGUAAAAUGACACAAAAAAGUAAGGAUAGUAUUAGAUUAGUGACAGUUGCAGAAGAGGAAUCUUUCCUUAUCAGGGUACUGACCGAUAUAGCGUUCUCCUCCACUUUAAAGGUAUGUAUAUCUAGUAACCUCUUGAAAUAUCUGAGGCUUAAAUAUAUCCAUCAAGUGCAGAAAAGUGCUCAACUAUCUCUCCAACUCAAGACCUAAUACACAUCAUUAGAACAGAACCACUGGCCUGAAUCUUCUACUGGUUGACCCAAAUGGACAUUACCUAAGAUUCUGAAAAGCAUGCGUGGGAUAGGCAUAGCCAGGGACUAAUGAAAAGAUUUAGAAAUUGGGCAGACUAGAUAGGCGGAAUGGUUAUUAUCCGCCGUCACAUUCUAUGUUUCUAUAAACAGCUUGCAAAACCUGCAGUUAUUUUCUCUGCAGGCUUUGCAAACCCUUCUAACCCUGCGCAGACUUUCUGUGGGGGGCAAAUCACAGACUUCCCAAUGCUGCUCAAAGAGAAGUCUUUGCAAGGCAGGUGCUCUGAGCAAUUGCUGCCUCUUAAGUUUAGCUCCACUUAGCUAACCAAACUAGGAAGUAGCGGGACCUGUUGUCCGCUUGGAAGCCAAGGGGUCUAAUUAUAAAAGUGUUCAUUUCUAUUGAAAUCUGCACUUUUUGCAAAAUAAAAAGAGGAAGCACAUAAAUCAGUGUUUACAUUGCAGGGUCAUAUGACAGCCGCUAGACAUGCUUCCUAUACACUGAUCAAAUAAAAUUGUCACAUGAUGUAGAUGCCCAUGGGAAACCAUUCAGAUUUUUACAUGAAACUGGGAGAGGGACCUAAAACAAACCACAAAGGGGGGUGAUGGUGUUAGAAAUACAGGUUUGUAUUCCCAACGCUAUAGUGUUCCUUUAAUGACAUUUUUUUAGGUUAAAUAUUGUAUGGUUAGAUUAUGUAUGAACCUGGAUUGUUUUGAUUGUUACUUGGUGAAUGCUUUACAACACUGAAAAUUGCAGACAUUUUUCUAUGAACGAUUUUUUAAUUAUCACUAUUCUAUUUUUUAGUGCAGUUUUUCAGUGUGGUGUUGAACCUUUGUUUAGUUCCUCUGUUUUUUUUGGUUUUUUUUUUCUCAAACCACUUCCAAAUUUUUCUUGACGGCAAUAGCUAUUAAUAUAAGCGUUCACUUUUGUCCAAAUUGGUAAUAAUUGGUGAUAAUGACAAAUUGAAAUUCGUCAUAUCUGCAUGAACCUAAAGAGUGAACUCGGGUUCUCAAAAUAAUCAGUUGAAACUGACUGAUUUGGAAUGUCAGCUGACCAUUCUAGCCAAUCAGCGGCCCCUCUGCCCAGCGGCACUUCCUAAAACUCAGUUUGAGAAACCGAAUACCGCUGGAGGAACUGGAGAUCCAGCACUGGAGGCAACCGUUGGAGUUAAAUCAUUCAAGAACGGUUUAACUCCUUCAAGUAAGAAUGCACCAAGGGGCCUCCUGGCAUCAGAGCAACUUAAUUUAUAUUAAGUUGUGUUGUCCACAGUGUUCCUUUAAAUGCAUUUGUACCAUAAGCACUUGAGUGCUUUUUUUUUUUUUUAGCCUUGCUCCCCCUAAUGGGUAGAGUACCAUUUGUUAGCUAUAUUUAUGGAUCAUAUUUAGCAUUGAUGUUAUUCAUAGUUAAGAUAUAAUAAUAAAGAUUUUGGUAAUGGCCUUAUGGGUAGAUGACCGUAAAUGUUCACUUUAAAUGCACCAUGGGAUUGCUGUUCUUUCUGACUGUUUGCUGUGUUCUUUUAAGAUCAUGGGUAUACAACAUUAGCUACAAGCGUCACACUACUGAAAGCUUCUGAAGUCGAGGAGAUCCUUGAUGGAAAUGAUGAAAAAUAUAAAGCUGUUUCUAUCAGCACAGAACCUCCAACCUACCUCAGGUUAGUGACUUAAAGGGAAUCAAUCUAGAAUAAUGCUUGUACAUUCCAAGUAAUCUGUGCUGCACUACAUUGGGAUUAUUGUCAGUUUUUUGUAAUGUGUGUCAUUUAAAAAAAAGAAAAAAAAUGAUUUUGAAAUUAGGUGAACAAUUUGCUGAAUAAAUAAAAAGUAAUCAUGGUUGAGUUAAAUUAUGAGAAAAUUAGAAUAAAAUGUUAUAGGAGUGUGUGUUGAUGACAAUUGUGUUUUUUUGUGUUCUGUUUUUAUUUUUUUCCACUUUGGUUUUGUCCCGAAAUAGUCCAAUAAAACAGUACUUUAGGCAUAUUAUGGAUUAUCUUUUGUCUUGGACAACCUCUGAAGAAAUACAAGUUCAUCAAAAAGAAAAUGUAAAAGAUAAUUGCAACAUAAAGACAUAGGCUUUACAUCAUGCCUAGAAUUUAACAAAACAAUCUAGAGAUUUUCAUUUAUCAUAUAAUGUGCCACCCAUUGAGAUAGUGGUGUUCAGAUUCCCAAUAAAAAUAUCCUGACAAACGCUAUUAUUGCAAUCAUUUGUAUAGUGUCAACGUAUCCUGCAGAUUUACAAUAGGUAAAUAGCUUUGCCAGCAGGAGGAGUGACUGGAAUGACAGGUAGUCCCCCUGCUGCAUGAAAUAAAGUUUAAUAAAAAUACAUUGUAAAAUAAUAUAUACUUAGAUCAUUAUAUAUAUAUAUAUAUAUAUAUAUAUAUAUAUAUGUGUGUGUGUGUGUAUGUAUAUGAUCUGUGUAUGUAUACAUAUCUACUGUCUAAGUGUGUUUUAAUAGUAAAAUAUAUAUAUUAAUAUCAAAAUACACGUAGAAUGAUAUUAAAUAUAUAUAAAAUUAUAAUAUAUAUUCUAAAAUAAAUAUAAAAUACAUUAAAAAUGAAAAAAUAAAAAUAAUUAAAAAAUGUGUAAUUUCAUUCUAACUGUAUUUUGAUAUUUAUAUAUAGAUAUCAAAAUAAACUUGGAAUGAAAUAGAUAUAUAGAUAGAUAUAUAUCUAUAUCUAUAUAUAAUUUUUAUUUUUUAUUUUUUUUUAUUCUACAUAUAUUUUAGAUAUUUAAUUUUAUUAAUUACAAUUUGCGGGACCUGCCUGAUAACCCGGGCAGAAAGUCCAGAGAAUUUAAUUUGCUAGCACUAUAUUUAACCCUGUAACUUUCCAAGACACCAUAAAACCUGUACAUGUGGGGUACUGUUUUACUCGGGAGACUUCGCUGAACACAAAUAUUAGUGUUUUAAAACAGUAAAAUGUAUUACAACGAUGAUAUCAUCAGUGAAAGUGAUGUUUUUUUGCAUUUUUCUCAGAAAUGGCACUUACACUGACGAUAUUCUUGUGAUACGUUUUAGGGUUUAAAAAAAAAAAAAACACUAAUAUUUGUGUUCUGCAAAGUCUCCUGAGUACAACAGUACCCCCCAUGUACAUGUUUUAUGUCGUUUUCAAAAGUUAGAGUCAAAUAUAAGGCUUGUUUCAGUUUUUUAUCAAAUUGAAAUUCACCAGAUUGGCAACAUUGCCUUUGAGACCAUAUGUGACUAAGUGGCUACAAAAAAAGACCGGACAUACUCCAUAUGUAAUACAUUGGGUUGUCUACUAUUGCAAAUGGUAUGUCAUCAUGGGGGUAAUUCUCAUUCCUGGGCUACACGUGAGACAUUGCUGAAUACAAAUAUGUGUAUUUUAGUGCAUUAAAAGCAAACCGUAUUAUGACAUUCACAGAUAAAAUGUCAUGCAGAACUAAAAAAAGUUUUUAAAAAAUGUUAAUUUCUCACUUUUAUUUUUAUAUUUUAUUCAUAUUAAAUUAUGUUUCAUAGCUAAAUAUUUGAUGUUAAAUGAAAGCCCUAUUUCUCCUCAAUAAAAUUAUAUAUAAUAAGUGUGGGUGCACUUAAUAUGAAAGAGGUGAAUUACGGUUGAACAUUCACAUAGUCAAAUUCCAAGUUUUGUUUACGUUUUAUUUUGAUAAAAACGUGUACAUUUGGCUCAGUCCUUAAGGGGUUAAUUCCAACAAAACACGUAUGAUGUACGUGAACAGGAGGUAAAGCAGGCCAGCCCUAACGAACUUAAACAUCAUAAAUAAUACUUCAGUUUUGUUUUGUUCAUAGUUGCAUAGCUGUUUAGAGACUUGCUUCAAGUUCAGCCUUUCUCACAUAUGUUUUUGCUAUUCCAAAAAAACCCAGCUUGACCUGCCUUCCAAUUUUGCAACAAACUAGGAAAAAAUUCCUUCACCUAUGAAUGGCAGUCAGGUCUCUUCUUGGAUCAAGAAGCUGUUACCCCACUUAUUAAAAAUUAUGUUUUUACAAGUAUUCAUCCAGUUGCUGUUUAAACAUCUGUACAGACUCUGAUAAAACCACCUAUACCACAUAUCCCUAUUGUUAUUACUGUACUUUAAAAUAAACAACACAACCCUUUCCUUUGCAUUAGACUAAAUUUUUAUUUUUUCCCGUCUAAAUGGAUUUGGAUAGUUUAUAACAAUUCAUUACUACAUAGACCCCCUCGUACUUGUCAGCUUUUUUCAGUUUGUUGGAUGCAUGAUAUACAAAUUCACAUAGGACUGUUUUGAGAGAUCUCAUAUUUGGGUUGAGUCCCUGAUACCAAUGCACCAGACACAGUGAGUGCCUGGUUCUGUCUACUUUUAUUUAAAAUACACAAAAAUGUUAAGAUUAACAAAAGUAAUUAUCAGAUAAGAAUAUCAGAAAUGUUCUUUUAGCAACAAGACCCAGAAGUUUGCCCUGUGUUAAACUGAUUUGAUUGGUGUUUUUUAAUCCACUAGAUUUGUGUACAUCAUUCUUCAGUUGACUGACUCAUAAGCAUUUGUGACUUAAUAUUUAUGUUUCUUGCAGGGAACAGAAGGCAAAGCGGAACAGCCAGUGGGUUCCAACAUUGCCUAACAGCUCCCAUCACCUCGAUGCUGUGCCGUGCUCUACUACUAUCAACAGGAACCGCAUGGGUCGUGAUAAGAAGAGAACCUUCCCACUCUGGUAAGGCUUCCUCUCAAAUUAUAUAGAAAACCAUAAACAAGAUUAUGCAAUUUAAAUUGUUUCUUCAGUCUUAAAUCAAAAUAUUGUGAUACAUAUCUGUUUAUGUAAAGGGAAACUUUUACCUCCUAAGAAUCGAACUAUUGUAUUUACCUAUCCCCUAUAUCUAGCAAAUAUGUUUGCAAAGUCUGAAGAAGUCAAUGUAGAAAUUCACACGUCUACAUAUACCUUUAUCCUGUAACUUGGCUCCCAGACAAUCAUUAUUAAUGUUGCAAAUUUCUUUCAUUGAAUUUAGUGGAAGUCUUGACAUAGAAACAAAAGGGGAAGUUUCUCAAAGUGUUCUGUCCUAAGAAGGGGUCUUACGUACUAAAAGUUGGGCAAUCACCAUAGAAAACAGUGGAACAAGCAGGCACAUUCUAUUAGUGGCUCAUCCCUUUUUACAUUUUGCACUAAUUUUUAGAAUGGCACACUUUGAUAACACCCAGUGUUUAUUUUCAUUUGCAUUGUGUGCCUAGACUGAGAUCCAUUAUGAUGUACCUUGAGCAAUCUUUAAAUAUACAUUUAAAAGAAAACCAUAUCACACAAAAAAGAGAAGCGUAACCAUUAGCCAUUGUCAAGUGAAAAUUUAGACCUGGCGAAUAUGCUAUGCCUUGCAGCCUUGCAUUGGUGAGUAACUUUUAAGGCCUGACCUGUAGCAUGGGGCUUUACAUUUUAAGCCCUGGCAUAAUCUUCUCGGUGUGACUUUCACGUGUUUUACAAAAGGUAGAGAGGAAAUCCCCGCCUAUUAGCUGAGAUAUAGAAAUUAAAGUUUAAAGUAAGCUAUUUUGCUUGAUGUUAUUACUUAAUUUAAAUUGUUUAUGAAAAACGUAAAGCACAGUCAAAUAUAUUUGAAAAUAUUGUAUACAAUAAUGUUCAUAAUUUUAUGAACACGUCAGUUUGUGGCAAAAGGUAUUUCUUCAAACCGCGUCACUGCUGCUUCUUACAAUACCUAAGCAGGCAUUACUGGUAAUGGCUGGUGGGAAUGGGCAUCUUCUCAGGUGAUAUACAAUAAAUAUCUAUGGUAUCUCACGGGGUAUGAACGAGAAGAGUUUUUGGAUUUCCCUGCAGUGCCUUCUGUAGACCCCUGUUUUGUGCCAGUAAAGCGAGAUCUAAACAUGAUGGUGAAUGGCAAGUAAGGAAGAAGGGAAAGCCCUUACCACUUUCUCAGCAGGUGCCACCAAACAAGUGGUAUCGCGUCACCUUGUAUUGUUUCAUGUGGGGUGGUAGUUGUUGGGGGGUUCUUUGUUUGUUUUUUGUAAAGGUCCCCAGGCAUGACAAUGCACAGAAAUUCCUCCAUAGGGCUUUUUUUUUUUUUGUAAACCAGUGCUAACUGUAUGCAUUUUAUGUUGAUGUAUAGAUAUGAAUGCAAUAUAAAAAAAAUUUGUGAGUGCCCAUCACUUUUUAGAUGUAUAACUGCAAGAAAAAGUGAUGGUUUUUGUCUUUGAAUGUGUUCAUUUCAUUACUUAUUCACUCUCAUGUGAUUGAUGUAUAGCUUUGAUGAUCAUGAUCCAGCAGUAAUCCAUGAGAAUGCCUCUCAGCCUGAGGUACUUGUUCCUAUUCGACUGGACAUGGAGAUAGAUGGGCAGAAACUGCGAGACGCCUUUACAUGGAAUAUGAAUGGUAGGAUAGCAUUAUGAUGUGUCAUAUUGAUUCUGGAUUUCUGUUUUAUCUCAAAAUAAACACAUUAAGUGUCUAGGUAAUAUUUACUGUUCAUGGCAUAGAACAGUUUGGUGAACUUUGUAAUAUUCUGCUGGAAAGUUAUCUGCACACAAUUUAGGAAUUAUUAACCAGUAUCCAAGUCAAUAUGUUGCUUGGAAAAUAUGUGAUUAUUUUAAGUUAUUUAUUUUUGUGUAAAUGGGUUCCAGCCUUGUCUACCUUCAAUCUAGUCAGAAGAGUAUUAAAGCUUCCCUUUAUUGGUACAGUAUCAAUUUCUAUUGUGGGUGUAUGCACAUUGCAGUUUUAGUAAAAUUGCAUUUGUUAGUUUGCAGGCACUUUUAUUUCUUAGACUAAUAAGCAUAACCCUUUUUAGAGAUGGUGGUAUUUGAGGUCAUCUGUCUAACUGUGAGCAUUUUUAAGGUUUUAUUUUUUCUUUCAAACAGAAAAAUUAAUGACUCCAGAAAUGUUUGCAGAGAUUCUUUGUGAUGACCUGGAUCUGAACCCAUUAGCAUUUGUCCCGGCUAUUGCAUCAGCCAUCCGCCAACAGAUUGAAUCUUAUCCUACUGACAGUAUCCUAGAGGACCAGUCCGACCAGAGAGUAAUCAUCAAGGUACAUGAAAAAAAUUUAAUUUAGAUGCAGGCCUUAUGUAGGCUAAACAUGAGAGUACGCUUCCAAAUAUAAGCUUCUGUACAAGAACAGGUGGAUCAUCCACCAAUCAACAACUAUAAGUAUAAACAUCCAAGACCUCGCAUGUGGAAAGUCUUUCAUGCAAAUGUGAUUUUAGAGAUGUUAGUCCAUACAUGUAGAAUAAGCGUUGGGACAAGAUUUAAUCUCACACAUUUCACCUUCUAGACUUCUAGUUCCAUGUGACUGCAUGAGGCCUGUAUGCUAUCAAGCCUUUUGAAAUACUACAUACUAACAUGAAAGGGAGCUUUUGUAUACCCAAUCUCGGAGGUUGAUUCUUGUGUUGUGUAUGAAGACAAACAUCAGAGUCUACCCAAACCUUUCUUGAUCUAACAAUUUCAGUCAGCUCUUGACCAGUUAACCUUCACUUUGUCAGUAAAAUAAAGUGAGAAUACAUGCAUUCAUUUAUGAUCAUUUCUUACUCUUUAUACAAAUGUAAGUAGAAUGUUCGGUAGCGUGAUAGAAUUUCAUAUGUUUGUAAUUAUAUUGACUGUACUCUUAAGCAGGGGUUUAGUGUAAACUGGCAGAAAUAACAAACUUUCAUGAUCUGUGUAUCCCUACAGUUUUCAGUAGGAAGAUGUGUUUAAUAGCUUUCUCUAACUGCACAGUUAGAAUGCAACCAUUAAAUCUGUAUGAGAUACCACAAGGCCCUCUAUGGCUAAUGUAUAAUGUACAUAGCGUUACGAGAAAGUGACCUAACUUUUCUGAUUUAUAGUUUUGUCCAUUGUCUUUUCCCAGCUUAAUAUCCAUGUUGGAAAUAUUUCCUUGGUGGACCAGUUUGAGUGGGACAUGUCAGAGAAGGAGAAUUCCCCAGAGAAGUUUGCCUUGAAGUUAUGUUCAGAACUUGGGUUGGGCGGGGAAUUUGUUACCACUAUUGCAUACAGCAUUCGAGGGCAGCUUAGCUGGCACCAGAAGACCUAUGCAUUCAGGUAAGCGCUAAUUCACUAAUUAUUUGCAAUGGAUAUUUUACCCUUUUCACCUCUCCUGGUGGGUAUACAUCACAAAUAGUGGAGUUUGGGAUUUAAUAUUAGAGUAGAAAAUGAUUGAAUCAAAUUUCAAGUUAUAUCUAAAUUAUAAGAAAGGCAGCUGCCAGCAAUUGGUAUUCCAGCAAGUGCUAAUUAUAUAGCAGAAAUGUCAAAUUGCCUGUAAAAUGGUGCGCAUGUUUUCAAAGAAAGUUUGAAAAGCAAUCGGUUUUUACAUGCCAUCAGAUGAUAUGCUUCUUCUGUGUGUGGUAGUAAUAACUAUUUCGUGAGGGAUCCAGUUUUGCCUUUUAACUUUAAAGGGAUACUUUAGACACCAUCCAUCCAUGCAUAUGAUACAUCUCAAUGGCACAACAUUGGAAGCUAUUGUUCAAGUGAACGGAUGCUGCUGGUGGCUUUUGUUCACAUGCACUUGGGUCAGAUAAGCCAUACAUUGUAAAUUAUAAAGUCCCUAGUGAGUCAUAAACAAAAUUAACACUUGAUCAGCCUGUGUCAAUUCCCCUUUAAAGAUAAUCUUUUUUUUUUUUUAUUAUUAUUAUUAUUAUUAUUAUGUAGUUUGAUUAAAACUGGUAAUGUUCUAAAAUCUACUGUGUACUAUAUGGGUACACAUUUCUCCCACAUGUCUAGCUCACCUAUUUUGUAGUUACUUCUAUCAGGUUUCCAACUUAUGACUAUGGCAGUAGUAAAUACGGUCUGCAGUGUCACAUACAUUUUUUAAUAAGCAGUCUAGACUGUGCCUUUUGUAUUCCACGACAAGCCUAGGACUACAAGGUUUCAUAUUCAACCAUGUAAGGAGUUGGUCUGCUUCAGUUUAAAUUUUUAGGUUUGUAGAAAACUAAAUAUAGCCCAGAGCUGUUUCUAGACAUUAAAUUUGGCUCCUUGUUUGUUUUAUAUUUUAUUUACGUUCUCUUAAGUGUGUGAAGCAGUCUUUCUGAAGUGACUCCUUAACCUUGGAACAUAAAUUCUGUCUUGUGUUCUGCUUCUCUCCUCCCAUUAAUACUUCUUUGUCCAGAUUACUCUAACUGUUUAAAGAAUAUAAAAUUGUUCCAUCUAAUCUGCAGUAGUCAGGGAUGAAAACAUGCAGGGAAAGAGUCUUCUUUCAGCUACGCACGUAACAGGACAAGGAUCUAAAUUGGAAAGCCAGCAUUGUUUACAGAUGCAUUUAAUAAUGUUAUGACAUUCUUUGUUCAUAGGAAAUAUGCUCUGAUGUUAAUCCAUAUCCUAUCACGUUCAUUCUAAGUUAAGAUUGGAAAUCCUGUUUAUAUCUAAAACGACAUUAUACGUUUUCAAACAAAGUGGCGUGAAAACUAAAAAACACAAUAUAGGUUUUGUUUUUUGUUUUUAUUGUCAUUUUUAGAAAAUAAACAUUUUAUUCAAAUCCAUCUGCAGGUUUGAACAUUAGGGAAAGGGUAUUGAAUCUGUGGAUGCAUAGCUGUUUCUGUUUUUGGUACCAGGAUCCCAUUUUUGUUUGUUUGUUUUUAUUGGCUUAAUUAUGGAUUAUUCACAAUAAUAUUGCAACCUCUCAUUUGUAAUUAUCUUGUGUGCCUUGGUAUUCUGUUUUAGUGAAAAUCCUUUGCCGACAGUUGAGAUUGCCAUCAGGAAUACAGGUGAUGCUGACCAGUGGUGCCCCCUCCUGGAGACCCUCACAGAUGCUGAAAUGGAGAAGAAGAUCCGGGACCAGGACAGGAACACCAGGUGCCACCGCCGUUUCAUACGCUUUUCCUUCCGGGCUUCCCGCCGGGGUAGAAUAUAGACAACAAGGUGGCACUUCCUCAGAGAAUCCACGAGGAAGAACUAUCCGCUUUUGCGCACCAGCCUAUGAAGUGAUUGUGUCUUUAUCCGUGUCUGUGCUGUCGUUGCUUCAGCCGAUGGAGCUGCUCUAUUAAUCAUUAUCGCACUUUGCAAGUGACCGUUGGUAUUUGAUUUGACUUUAGCUGGUGGGAUUGGACAUUUCUCCCAGUGCUCACCUUUAGCUUAGUAGCACCAGCCAACCCAGUUUCCUACAAGCACUUAUUCGUUUUCUCUUUUCUUAAACUGUCACUUACUCUUGAUUUGGCCUUAGUGCCUAACCCACAAAGUUUUGCUUUAUAAAUUCUUUCUUCUUUGUCUCACAUUGAGACAAUCUGAAACCCCUCUCAUCCCUAUCCUGCCUGUUGAGCGUCCAACAUGCAUUGCAGGCCCCUCCAGCUGCCAAAUGUUUACAUUUCUAUUUGAUAGUAAAUGAUCAUAGUAUAAUCCACGAUCCCUUUCAGAAUCCCCCUUUCUAAAAAAAAAAAAAAAAAAUUGUCUGUUUUUCGUGUUCUUUAUAUUCAGUAAUACUGAAAAUAUCUGGUGCCAAAAAACAUGCUUGAUUGUCAAUAGUCUUGUUAAUUAGCCUUGCUGCUUUAAAUGCUAAGCAUAACCAUUUUACCCUGCCGGUUUCUGUAAAACAUAGUUUUACAGGCACUUAUAUUGUAAUGAAUUUUUUACGUAUUAGUAGCUUGAAGUACUUACGUGCAGUGUUAUUGUAAGCUUAUUAGAGCUUGUGAUAUUUUUUUCUACAUGUAUGACAGUGUAGUUAACAGUAUUAUUCUCUUGAUGGGUGCAGAGAACAUGGUUUACAAUUGCAGGAAGGUUGGCACACCAUAUAUCGGGUGUUUUUAGAAGGAGUCUUAUUGCCCAAUGUCUGCCAGAAAACCAUUUUAGUAUGAGUGGGACCAGGUCUGCUAUAUUUAAAUCCUUUGUGCCAUAAAAUCAUUCAGUGAUCAGGGAUCUGUUAAGUAUUGUCUUUUAAUUCUUUGCUGCCUCUCUGGUACUGAAUAUUUUGCCUAUAUAACAGGCUUUGUACGGUAGAUUUUGUUUUGGCUUAUGCUAGGGUUUUAUUUUACCCCUCUAGUUUUAGAGUGGUGAACUAUAUAUAGCUCUCCACUCUGCUACUCAACGGGUUAAAUAUUUCACUACCAAGGAUGCAAACAGUGCAUUGCGGGUCAGUGAAAUGCUGGCAUUCAAGGUAGUAGUAGUAGUAACACUAACGCUUACAAUGCUUACUCUGCUGGUAAUGUUAAAAAUAGUGUUCUCAGUGGGCUUGGACUCUUAAUUGGUAUUAUUUUAUGUUUUUACUCUUCAUGACCUUUAUUGCUGCCCCCCUGAGGCUUGUGAUUAAUGUGGCUAUUUUUGAGUCUUGUUUUUCAGGGAUGUGGUUAGUAAAAAGUCAUUGUUUAUUAGCUUUGUAGUCAUCGUCAGAAUUGUACAUGUGAGCACAAAGUGAUAUAAACGGUAUUCAAUCCAGUUUGUACUCCUGAUUAUCCCAGCAUUGUUUUGAUUACGUACAUAUUUUGAGGAGGACAGUUCGUGUGGUAUGUUUUGUUAAAUUGUGUGCCUUUUUAUUAAUUGGCAAUUUUUAGUGACAUAUACAAGGAAGUGGUCAAGCUGAGGAGCCCAUGUUUCUGAGCUUUAUAAGUGGCGAAAGUGCCUGAUCCAGUUUUUUUUGGGUGAGAGUAAAGCCAGGGAACAUCAGCUAUUCCGGUGAAGACAUGUGAAUGUAACUGUUAAACAACAUAUCUUGUUCAAGCUGGACAUGUAUCUAAUCCAACUCAAAUGUCACAGUCAUGGAUCUUAUCCUUUGUCCCACCUUAACUCUCAUGAGAAUGGCACUAGAUCAGUUUUUCAUCUGCAUAAUGUUUAUUAAGAAAGUGAGGCAUAAUGUCAUAUUUUGGCUAGUAUAUAUGAUUGUUGACGGGUGAAGAAAAGUGUAUCUCUGCUUCUUGUAUUGGGCCCUUCCUGUACAGAGUUUCCUAUCCUUAUAAUACUCAAGCUUUAACCCCUUAAUGUCUUACAGGUACCUUAAUCAUUAAAGGGAUUAUUAGACUGUUCAUCGUCCAGAAAACCAAUAUGCUGCAUACCUGCUCUAAGGCCUAGUUUUAUCAAGUUGUGUCUAAAUUUGUUUUUUUUUCCUUAAACUCUCAUUGAGUUUAAAAAAAAAAAAAAAUCACCUUUUAGCACAUAUUGAUUCUUUUGUUUAUUUUUAUUAAAGGCCCAUGUUGUACAUUAGGGGAUUAAUUUCUAGGCCAAUGGUUAUCACUACUCACUUCCAGCUUCUCCUACCAAAAGAUUGCUGAAAAUGUUUAACCAUAAUGCUUAAAUAUAAGUGACUUUUUAUAUGAAUCAUCACGCAGAAUUGUUCAGGUAUGUAUGUAAUUGUUAUGAACUUGCCCAUUUGCUGAUGCAAUGAGUCCUGGAUUUUAGAGAAUGCAGAGACAUUGAAUAUUUCUUCAAUUUAAUUCCCAUAUUUCAUUUUUAUUUUAUUUUUUAGCAUUUUAAGCAUAAACCAAUUACAGCUGCAUAUUUUAAGCCAUGUUUUUAAUACAAAUGUACAAUAAGUAAUGGUAGCCAUCUGGGUCCUCUAAAAUUAAGACUUUUGGAUGCAAAAAAUGGCAAGUUCCAUAAUGCCUAUAUAGAUAUUUGAACUCCAGAUUUUGUUUCUUUAUCUAACCCCAACUUAUGUUUUAGCAUUAAUGUCUUUUAAGUGACGAAUGCCUUUGACUCCCUAGAAAUUAACAUUCAUUGUUGGAAAAUAGUUUCUGGGAGUUAAUAUAUUUGGGCACAAUAAAAUUACUAAUAUUUGAACUGUUUUAUAUGGACAAUGCUAAGGUUGGUUGGAAGUGUGUUAGAGGUACUAAGCAUAAAAUGCAGCAUGUUUCUUCAAAUGGGUGAUGUGAACAGUGAAAUUUUUUCUUCCCGAUGAACGUGAACCUCUGCCUUAGUGUUAAGAUACACCUGCAGCCUCCAUUAUCAUUUACCUUGCCCCUCUUCUCUUUUCCUCCCUAUAGGCGUAUGAGACGUCUUGCCAACACUGCUCCGGCCUGGUAAACAGUCCCCUCCCGACGAAACUUGCGGUUCACAUCCUGGAGAUGGAACCCCGUCCCAUAAAUAAACACAAUGUUACAAUUAAAAGAAAAAAAAAAAGUAAAAAUUUCUAAGACUUAAGAUUUUUGAAGGAGAAGAGGGUGGUCCAAGCACCUCUCUUGAGCCUAAAUCUGAGGGAGCGGGGGAACCACACAUUCCACUUUGCUAAGCAGCUGGGUGCUGCUGAGUUUGGCUCCCUCACACCCCUUCCUUCCAUGUACAGAGCGUGACGCAUUAGUGCUACCUGACUACCGGAAGACCUGAGACAGAUGUCCCAAGCCCUCCUUUAUACCUGUGUACGUGAUAUGUAAAGCUUUUUGUGUUAUAUUUUUAAUUUGUAUUGGUGCAUUAUGCACUUGUAGGGAAAAGUUUUUUAAAUAAAAGUAUUGCUCAGUAUUCUGUACAUGUCAGAUUCUGUUUUUCUUUCAUGAGUAAAAAUCUAUUAGCAAAUUGUUUACAAUGUUUUUUGAAG